CACUUUUUCAUAAUAAUUCUAUUUUGCCUUUAACCAACAGAUACCAACUCCUAAAGAUGGUAAGAUGUUGGACUAUUCCAGGUGGCAACAGAAUCUCAUAGCAAUUUUAACAAUGGAUGUUCUUUAUAAUGAGGAGGAGCAAGUUGAUCCUGAUGCUGUUAUGACCAUAGAGGCUCGUCUUGGAUACCGUAAUAAGGGAGAAGCAGAGAACAAGUGGACAGAAUAUGCAACUUCUAUUGAACAAAGGCAACUUGAUUGUAGCAUAGAUCCAGCAAGCCGUAAGCCAGGAUAUAUGUAUAGCUGUGCCCAUGUUCCACUGUUUGAAUUAGGUUCUAUACAUCAUGACUUUUAUCUCCUGAAUGUUCGCUUGCCCAUACGAACGGAAGAGGAGAUGGAGAAAGGUUUAGGCCCUAUUAAUAAUGGAAUAGGACAUGUAGCUGAUAUGUGGGUGGUAUUUAUUCAUCAAAAUGGUGGUUUUACAAAGGUAUGGGUUUCAUUGAAGACAAUUUUCUUCCCAACCAUUGUUGCUAUCAUGGCCUGGUUCUGGCAUCGCAUUUCCCAGCUGUCACGGCCACCUGCUCUUCUUGAGUACAUGCUUAUGCUGCUUGGAGUUGCUUUGACCAUACUGAAUUGUAAGUAG